AUGAAAGCGGACAAAAUUCCUGCCAUGGACAUUUCCGGAACCUCAGAUCCGUUUGUCAAAGUUUGCUUGCUUCCCGAUAAGAAAAACAAACUGGAGACAAAAGUGCGGAGAAAAACACUGAAUCCUCAAUGGAAUGAGUCCUUAGUAUUUCAAAAUUAUCCUUUUGAGAAGAUCUCUCAGCGAGUACUGUAUCUUCAGAUGAUGGAUUGGGAUCGGUUCUCAAGAAAUGAUCCGAUAGGAGAGGUCUUUGUACAACUCAAUCGAGUCCAUCUAUCCUCCGAUCCACAAACAUUCACAGAGCCUCUCGCUCCCUGCACAGCCACGCAAAAACGCGGGCAGUUGUUGAUCUCGCUGAUGUACGUCCCCCUGGAGGGCCGUCUCGUCUUGGGAAUCAUCAAAGGAUCAAAUCUUCGCGCGAUGGACCUCAACGGCUCAUCAGAUCCGUAUACGAAAAUUUGGCUGCAUCAUCGAGGCCAAAGAACGGAGAAGAAAAAGACGGCGGUGAAGAAAAACACCUUGAACCCGGAAUUCAACGAGCAAUUUGAGUUUUAUAUCCCGAUGGAGAAGCUGAAAGAUUACACGCUGGAAGUGAUUGUAAUGGACAAGGAUAGAAUCGGAAGAAACGAAUGCAUCGGAAAGGUGAUUCUUGGCCACAAGGGAAGUUCAUUAGAGCGACAACACUGGCGAGAUAUGAUUUCAAGUCCAAAACUGCCGUCGUCGCAAUGGCACGUACUCAAGCUCUCCAAGUCGAACUGA